AUGAGCCGAUCGCAACGGGCACAGCUCUUCUACAAGGCCCUGAGUUUGGUGCCAGACGGUGAAGACUUUGUGCGGAAAUGGAUGCUGAACGCUCACAUCGAAGACAUACGUCGCGAAAACCUCAAAGACUGGCUCUUGUGGGGUCUUUUCGAGAGGGAUGGCACUACCGAGAGGCCGACCCAAGAGAUUGAUGAAGAGUGUGAGCGAUACAUCGAUGAUGCCGAAGAGAAAUUUGGGAUAAAGCUGAAGCCUGGGAGAGGUAACGCAGAGGCAUUGAGGCUUACAUUCGAUCCGGUGAUCAUCAGACAUCGCAGUUUGUUCUACUACGUGGUCAUCGGUUUCCUCGACAACUUAAUGGCCUUCUAUCUCCUAACACAGGGAUACCGGCACUACAAACAACCAUUCACAACAUUCUUCAAAGUCUUCCCCCUCCGCUUCAUCAAUCUUAUCCCCUUCAAGCGUUCCGCUGCCGACGGCAUGUCUUACUGGUAUCGCCCGCACAAGUCUAAGACACAACGUCCCAUUGUUUUCAUCCAUGGUUUGGGAAUUGGUCUAAUACCCUACAUGUUUUGGCUUCGCACAAUUCCCAAGGACGUUGGGAUACUCGCCGUUGAGAUGCUGCCUAUAGCCACCCGCGUCACGACAUACCCGCUGCAGCCCACCCCUGAGCUGGCGGAAAUGAUCGCCAAAUGCGUCGCGCAGCAACGUGCCGCACAACCCGCUCCUGGAAAGGGCGAGCGAGGCGUUUGGGAUGACUUUGUCUUGAUUGGCAAUAGCUACGGAACUCUUCUGAUGCCGCAACUUCUCCAGAGAGCCGACUUUGCGCCACGGGUCGCCGCCUGUAUCUUGAUAGAUCCCGUCUCGAUGUUGCUGCAUCUGCCAGAUGUGGCCUACAAUUUCACGCGACGGGAGCCAACUCCAUCUAUCCGUGGCAGAACAGGACACGGCAAUGAAUGGGAGAUCUGGUGGGCGAGCGCCACGGAUGCCGGAACUGCCUACACGCUCGCUCGGAGACUUUGCUGGAGAGAGUCCCUGAUGUGGAGAGAAAUGCUUACACCCAGUCUCCGCAGCGCGGAGACCGGAUACUAUGCCUCCGGAUCCUCAAAUGAGAUCGCGAUUUUUGGCAACGGCAUUCAGCCCGGAAUGCGCAGCACAGUCAUAUUAGGAGGGGAAGACUGCGUUACGACACCGAAGUCAGUGGCCAGCUAUGUCUACUCUGGCGACGUGAGGUGGACCCUCGAUGACAUUGAGGAUUGGAAGAGGUACGAAUGGAGCGGCAACGAGGAGUUGGAGUUGAUGUAUUUGGAUGGAAAGGAUCAUGGACAGGGUAUCAUGGUGCCUUUCCCGCACAAGCCUAUUGCAAGUGUCAUUGAGGCAUACUGUCGACGAGAUGAUGGCUUUGUAGCUUUUGGAGACAGGUAUAUCGGCGGCCCUGAGGCUGAUGGCGGGUUGUUUGGGAGCACGAAUUCGUUGAGCAUAUACGACUCAAGGCAGGGACACCCGGGAGAGGUCGUCGUGGAGAUGAAGCAUUUCUAG